AUGAUCCCUAUUAUGCUUGCCCGCGCGGCCCGGCCGGCCGCGUACCAGCGCGCCUUCAUGGCAGCCCGCACGCUCAGUGUGUGGGCUGGUGUUAAGCCUGGUCCACCAGACCCCAUUCUCGGUGUGACAGAGGCGUUCAAGCGUGACACGGACCCCCGCAAAAUUAACCUGGGUGUGGGGGCGUACCGCGAUGGCGAGGGCGACCCGUAUGUGCUGCCGAGUGUGCUCGAGGCCGACAAGCGUGUGCUUGAGCAGGACCUUGACAAGGAGUACCUGCCGAUCACCGGCCACGCCACGUUUGAGCAGCUCGCGGCGACGCUCGCGUACGGCGCCGACUCCGCGCCCCUGAAGGAGAACCGCAUUGCCACCACGCAGUCGAUCUCAGGCACGGGCGCACUGCGCAUUGGCGGCGAGUUCCUUGCACGCCACUACCCCCACAACAAGACGAUCUACCUGCCGACGCCGUCGUGGGGCAACCACACCCCCAUCUUCCGCAACUCGGGCCUGGAGGUGAAGCAGUACGCGUACUACGACAAGAACACGGUCGGCCUCGAUCUGGAGGGCAUGCUGCGUGACAUCCAGGCGGCACCAAGCAAGAGCAUCAUCCUCCUGCAUGCAUGUGCGCACAACCCCACCGGUGUCGACCCGACGCACGAGCAGUGGAGGCGCAUCUCGGACGUGAUCAAGGAGAAGGAGCACUUUGUGCUGUUUGACAUGGCGUACCAGGGCUUUGCGAGCGGCGAUGCCGACCGCGACGCGUUCGCCCUGCGCCACUUUGUCGAGCAGGGCCACCAGAUCGCGCUGUGCCAGAGCUUUGCGAAGAACAUGGGCCUGUACGGCGAGCGUGUCGGUCUCUUCUCGCUGGUGACUGACAGCCCCGAUGAGCGCGCGCGCGUGAGCAGCCAGCUCAAGAUCACCAUCCGCCCCAUGUACUCGAACCCGCCCGUGCAUGGCGCGCGCAUUGCCUCGACCAUCCUCGAGGACGCCGCGCUGUACAAGCAGUGGCUCGCUGAGGUCAAGGGCAUGGCCGACCGCAUCAACUCGAUGCGCGCGACGCUGAAAAACCUGCUCGUAAACGAGUACGGCUCGAAGCACAACUGGGACCACAUCACGAACCAGAUCGGUAUGUUCGCCUUCCUCGGCAUCACCCCCGAGCAGGUGGACCAGCUCGUCAACGAGCACCACGUUUAUCUGACGAAGGACGGCCGUAUCUCGGUGGCCGGUAUCACGGAGCACAAUGUGCGCCACCUCGCCGAGUCGCUGCACAAGGUGACAGCCUAA